AUGGCCGCUGCUUCUUUACCUGAACUUUGCCUUGAAAGAAUAUUUGAAUAUUUGAGAUAUGAUUUAAAAACUCAAUACUCGUGUAUUCUUAUUAAUAGAUAUUGGUGUUCAUCACUUAUAGCAAUGCUCUGGGAAAAUCCUUUUGAAAUGAUAAAAACAAAGAACAAAACAAAGGACAACGUCCGUUCUAACACUUACCUUAUCAACACAUAUUUGAUUUAUCUUCCUAAAGAUACUCAGAUUCCUAUUGAACUUCAUGAAACAUCUAAACAACCACUGUUUAAUUACGCAAGUUUCUUACGUUACAUUUCUAUUCAGAAUAUUAAAAACAGUGUUGGGAAAUGGGCAAGAUUCAAUGAAACACCAAAAUUUAAAACAUUCUCAUCCAAUCUAGAAAAUAAUGACACUAUAGGUUAUAUAGCAGAGGUUUUGAUUAAACAUUUGUUUACAAGUUCAACUUAUCUCAAAUGCGUUGAUCUAUGUCGUGAACAUUUGUGUCCUAUACCGAGUGUAUAUGAAUUACCAAAUGCCGAAACAAAAUUAUCCCAAUUACAAAUUUUUAAAUGUGAUGAUGAUAAAAUGACUAGGUUUGCUAGUAAAAUUUCAAGAGAUAUUCAACAUUUAGAAAUACGAUUAAAGGCAAAAGCGUCUUUUGAUCAAUAUUAUAUACCUUUGAAAGACUUUGCGAUGUUGAUUCGAGCACAAAGAAAUUUACGAAAGAUUUUAAUUCAAUACAGCCCAACAAUUUAUUCUCGAGAUGAAAAUGUUUGUUUAUGGGAUAAUUUAAUGAAUCAUACAAAAAGUUUAGUUAACAUUAUAUUUGUAGGGGUUAAAUUUGGUUUUCAAUUUCCUUUAGGAUGCCUCUCAAAAUUCCAUAACCUCAGGAGGUUGACAUUAGUCGAUUGUGAAAUUGGUAAUGUAUACCCUUUGGAUUAUCUUCUACCCUUCUUCGACGAAGAUGACGAUUAUCAGGAUAAUAAUCCACUGCUGAUAAGAGAUAUACAAUCGUUUCAUCAAGUUGAAUUUUUAUCGAUUAGAACAUCAAAAAUUGAUAUUAAUAAAAUAGAAAUUUUAUUUCGACAAGCCGCAAAUUCACUUCGAUCGUUAGAAUUAUUGGAUUUGGAUCACUUAAAAAAUUUAGAAUCCUUUACACAAUUUUUUUCAAAUAUUACUCGAUUAACGGUUGGAAUUAACGCGAGAUGGAAGAUAGUCGUUUCUAUAGUAAAAUCGGCGAACCUGUUACAAGAACUUUACGUUCAUGACGAAAGAUCUGAAAUUUUUAGAAACAAUCUUAUCGAAAGGUACAUGUAUAAACCUAUGACAGCUGAUAGUUUCCUUUGUGAAGUUGGAAAAGCGAUGGGUGAACAAGUUUACAUGUUUAGAUUCACUUUAGAUUGGUACUUUUAUCCAAAUUCUUUGAACACAUUUUUGAAAAGAUGCAAUGCUAAACGAUUAAAAAUAUUGGAUUUUAGAAAAUGCAAAUUUUUUAGUAAUGAACAUUUAAAUCAAGUGAUUGAGUUUUGUGGUGGAACUUUGGAUUAUUUAUAUUGCGAAUAUCAUCAUACUUUUACACCAACGGAUUUAUCAAGAGCAAAGCAAGUCAUUAGGAAUGUUAAUUGUUGA